GAUUUAAUAAAACUUCCAUACAAAAAUGGACGCGGUGGUAACAACAGGUAUAUUGCUGGUGUUUCUUAUACCGCAGUUAGUGUAUGCUGAAGUGUACGUUGCAAUUUCAAUGAAAUCCUAUGAGAAUCCCAACAAUCUCGUUUCUCUGGAGCAAGGACUUAGCCAUGACGUAAUCUGCUGCAACCGAAAACCAGACAAGAGUAACUGCACCGUCGCGUGCACUCCGUUUAUCCGCAUCUGCCUGUACGAAACUAAAAACAAGACUUGUGUUAAAGAACUAAUAAGUAGUUCUUUGGAUCGAAGCCCGAACAUAACCUUCACUGACAGAGUGGGAAAUCUGACAAAUCCGAUCGUUCUUACGAUACCCAACUGGUCGGCUAAAGAUCACUACAAUAUUCAGAUUAAAUUAUAUGACAGCGGAUCAACUUUUGAAACAAUAUAUAAACACGAACAGCAUGUGAGCGACUCCCAUGCUGACAACGCUUUAGAUGCCGUCGAAUACAUAAGCAAUAUUCCAUACCAGCCAACUGGUGCCAGGAUGAAGAUUUCCUACCGUUACUACGAAUGUGGUCCAUCCCCCGACGGGCACCUGCAAUGUGACAAAGAUGGCCAUGCCGUCUGUGCUACGAAUUUCUACGGUCCGUCCUGCAACAUUCACUGUGUUGUCUUUCCUGGCCUGAAUAUGGAAUGUGACAAGAACGGCACUGUAGUAUGCAAAGAUAAUUAUUUUGGUGGCAAUUGUACGACAUUCUGUGAUCCACCAGUUCAUGGAUUCUGUGACAUCAACGGUACAGCUCACUGCAAUGAGAAUUAUUACGGAGAAAAUUGUGAUAAUAUUUGUUUCACACCUGGAAAUGGAACCGGAUACUGUGACUUGAAUGGCACACUGAUUUGCAAUCUAGGUUGGACCGGGAAAAAUUGCUCAACAGUUCAGAAAAUAUGUGAACAUGGCUUGUAUGUUGAAGGUAAGAAAACCCCGACUGGAUAUAAAUGUUACUGUGAGUCAGGAUGGAGCGGUACACGAUGUGAUCUCGAUAUUAAUGAGUGCAACGAGACUUCGAUGUGUGUUAAUAGGGUUCGAUGCGAUAAUCAUCCAGGUGGAUAUUUAUGCAUUUGUUCAACAGGGUGGGAGGGUCAAAGUUGUGAUAAAGAUAUAGAUGAAUGCAGUCGACAUCCGUGUCACCGAGGAAACUGUUCGAACAUACCUGGUAAUUUUAGCUGCUUCUGCGAUAGUGGAUGGACUGGUGACAUGUGUGAUACAGACAUUGAUGAAUGCGGUUCCAAUCCGUGUGGUAACAAUGGGACAUGUACAGAUCUAGAGGGCAGCUAUAACUGCUCAUGUCCUCUGGGAAUAAUGGGAAGGAACUGCGAAACGAACAUUGAUGAGUGCACUAACAUAUCAUGCAAAAACAAUGGAACCUGUAUUGAUAAGGUAAACAACUUUACUUGCCAAUGCAAACCUGGUUUUGUUGGUCGUUUGUGUGAGACAGAGAUAGAUGAAUGUGCCAGUCUACCUUGUCAAAAUAACGCCUCGUGUGUAAAUGGAAUAAACAGUUUUUCUUGCAAUUGCUCCGAGGGAUGGAAUGGUACAUUAUGCGACACUGACAUUGAUGAAUGUGCCAUGGACAUCUGUCAGAAUAAUGCUACGUGUAUUAAUGAAGAUGGGAACUACAAAUGCCAAUGCAAAAGUGGUUUUUUGGGGAAAAAAUGUGAAAAUGACUUUGACGAGUGCCAGGCCAAACCUUGCAUGCAUGGUGGAAGCUGUAGGAAUGUUAUAGGUGGUUUUAGAUGUGACUGUCCACCAAGUCAUAUUGGAGACAAAUGCCAAUACCAGAACUUUUGUAAUUAUAAUCCAUGUAAAAAUAAUGCCAUUUGCAUCAACAACAAAACUGAAUUUGCUUGUAACUGCACUGAGGGUUGGUCUGGAUUUGACUGUAAUACAGAUCAAGAUGAAUGCAACCUAAACCCAUGUUUGCAUGGUAACUGUUCUAACACUCCAGGUAGCUAUGUAUGUAACUGUGAGUCGGGAUGGACUUCUCCUUCGUGUGAUCAAGACAUUGAUGAAUGUAAGAACAAUCCAUGUCAAUAUAAUUCGACAUGUGUCAACAGGAAUGGUACAUUUGAAUGUCAUUGUGCCAGCGGUUAUACGGGGGAAAAUUGCACCAUAAACAUUGACGACUGCCAAAAUAUCACGUGUCAAAACAACGCCACCUGUAUAGACCUUGUAGACGAUUUCUCAUGUAACUGUUCCUAUGGCUUUGAGGGAAGCUUUUGCGAGAAUGAAACAAAUGAAUGUCUUAGUAACCCUUGCCAGAAUGGAAACUGCACCGAUCUUAUUGGCGCUUAUAAAUGUUUCUGUCCGCCAGGAUGGAAAGGCGUCAACUGUGAACUUGAUAUUAACGAGUGUGAUCAUGAAAAUUGCUCUGGACAAGGGUUUUGUGAGAAUACACCAGGCAGUUACUAUUGUAACUGUACGCUAGGUUUUUCUGGCGAUCGCUGUGAAUCAAACAUUGAUGACUGUGCGUCACAACCAUGCCAACACAAUGGCAAAUGUCAAGACAUGGUGAAUGACUUUUGGUGUAACUGUGACAACAGAUACACAGGCAAAAUGUGUCAGUAUGAGGACUUCUGUAAAUACCAUCCAUGUAAAAACAAUGGUACUUGUAACCAAACUGGUAAUGAGUUCACAUGUCUUUGUCCGUCUACAUGGUCAGGUUUGGCUUGCGAGGACGACGUUAACGAAUGCGCUAACGCCACCACCCCCUGCAAUGGGGGCAACACAUGUAUAAAUAAAAUUGGAGGUUAUGAAUGUUUAUCCUGCAAUCCUAAUGUAUGCGUUCACGGUAACUGUUCCAUCAACAAUAGCACAUCAACUGUAGUGUGUAGCUGUAUGCCUAACUGGGCGGGAGAGAGAUGUGAUGAACCCGAUAAUUGUACUCCCAAUCGAUGUUCAAAUGGAUACCGUUGUACCAAUGAAGAUGAUGGUUUUCGUUGUCAUGAUCCAUGUCGAUCAUCACCAUGUAAUAACAACGGUUCAUGUCAAGCCGUCGGCGGAACUCAUAACUGUACUUGCAUGAGCGGUUUCAUGGGAAGUAGAUGUGAACAAACGGAUUUUUGUAGCAGUUCUCCAUGUCAGAAUUCGGGGAAUUGCACCAACGAACUCACUGGUUUUAAAUGCACUUGUUCGAAGGGAUACGCUGGAGAAUCAUGUAAAAAGAUUGAUUACUGCGAGCCAAUUCCAUGUCAGAACAACGGAUCAUGUGUGCUAAAUCAAACCGGAUCCCAGAAUUACACAUGUUUAUGUACAUUUGGAUUUACCGGCCCCAACUGUAACCAGACGGAUUACUGUGCUCCCGAUCCUUGUGUUCACGGCAGUUGUUCGAUCUCCAAUACUACUUAUCAAUGCAGUUGUAUGUCCGGUUGGUAUGGGACGAAUUGCGACUUUGAAGACUUCUGUCUUCGGACUCCAUGCGCAAAUAAUGGAAAUUGUACGAACAAUAAUCAUACUUUUUCGUGUGAUUGUCCAAAUGGAUGGAUGGGUGAUAAUUGCACAGAAGACGAUCCUUGUUUUCCUCAGAAAUGUUUCAAUGGAGCCACCUGCGUUCGAUACAACGCGUCUUUCUAUUGUCAUUGUGCUCAAGGAUACAAAGGACAUAAUUGUACGGAUGAUUUAGAUGAGUGUCAAAUUCCAGGAUAUGCUAAUUGUCCUCCUUUCUUACCCUGCAUAAAUAUUCCAGGAUCAUAUCAGUGCGGGACAAAACGUGUGGGACAUCCCAGAUCAUUAAUCGGUAGAAGACAUGACUUAUUCAAGACCAGAAUCGGGAAGCUGAUUGUCAACAGUAACUACGAGUAUUUUGUGACCGUUUUUAAGGAAGGUCUUGUCCACCAUGAUCUCUGUGCACGGGAAGUGGAUGUUGAUAUUUCUGUAUUGUCUAUUGAACAGGAUUUCAUCCGCAAUGAAUCCGAGGUUGAAAUGGAGGCACUGUGUGGAGGGCACCCUAUCUCACUACGUGAUUUGAAGUCAGUGAUGUCAAAAUUCACGUUAGCUUAACUGAGUGCAGAGAUUGUUCGAAUUGAAAAAUCGCAUGUUAAAAUAAGUCCACUCUCCUGUGAUGUUAACAGAUUUUGCAAAAUCAAUGAUGUAUUUAGAUUUGGAACAUAAAUAUUGUUUGAGAUUUUCCAACAAUUAUUGUAAAAUUCUUGUUAAACAUAAACCAUUUCAAAAGUCUAAGUUAUAUAUGAAUAAUCAAUUACACGUAUAUGUUUCAAAAUAUUGAAUCCAAGGACAACAACUCAUUUCAUUGAUUUGUUUUUAGAAAGUCUAUUAUGGGAUAAAUUUCCUUUAUUUUUCAGACAUUUUAUAUAUAUUUUUAAGGGAAAUUUUAUGAAAUUGUUAUGAAUAUUAUUACAUCCUUAUAACUAGUGUAUAUAAAAUUGCUUACGGAAAACUGCAA